GAUGUAGAAGAUAUAUCUUGUAAUAGUUGUAAUUGCCGAGUCGACACUCGACACACGCGAGAACGGAAUGUGUUGGUGGUAGACGGUAGUAGAUCAAAUCGUCAAAAUGGCCAGCCGAGCCUCGACCGUCGUUCGCCAAGUGAAACCAAUUCUGUCUGUUAAUCGAGAAGAUGCACGCCGAAGAGUGCUCACGUUGUAUAAAGCGUGGAUCCGUCAAGUACCAAUCUCGUUGUUGUCUUAUGAUAUUCCCAAAAAUGAAGCAGACUGUAAACAAAAGAUACGUGAGGAAUUCAAGCGCAAUGCUCAUGUGUCUGAUAUAAGGAUUAUAGACAAGCUUAUUAUAAGGGGUCAAAUGGAGUUGCAAGAGGUGGCUAACGUGUGGAAAACUAAAGGAGGACUUAUGCAUUAUUGGAAAGAAUCGUGGGAAAAAAAGCCAACCGAUUUCAUGUCAAAAUUUCUCAGUGGCCAGGAUUAAUUUACUCUGUCAUUAGUUCGCAAGAUGCAUGAUAGAGACAUGUGAUUGUAAUAAUUUAUGUAUAUAUAAUUGUGUAAAUACACAGGUUUCAGUUACUGUAGUCAGAUGGA